AGUGUGUGUCUGAAUGAGGGGAAAAGAUGGCUGGAGUUGACCACACAAAUUGGCCACAUACUUGAGAAAAUGGUUGAGAAGAACAAGCCAUCUGAGUAGGAUAUUGAGGAGCCGAUGACGGAGGAGGUUCCUUCUCCCUUUGUUGAGCCUCCUUCGUCAUUUGUGGAGCCAACUCUGGCUUCCAAGGGUGAGGCAAUUGAGCCAACUCCGAUGUCCGGGGAGACGCCCACUCCGGCGUCUGUUAAGAAGGCCACUCCGACGUCCGUUGAGAAGGCCACUCCGGUGCCCGUGGCGGCUCCAGUUACUUACCAGCGAAGAAUACCUGUUCCAAGUACUGCUUCUUCAGCACCAACGGUGGAGGUGGUUAUUGAAGGCGACGAGGGGGAGCUUACGACCUUAAAAUGGAAGAGAAUAGACAUGAAAACUCCACGCUUCGAGAGGUCGAUGAGAAAGCCAGAAGUAUUAUCCAGCUAUGUCCUCUCCAACACUGUUACUUGCAAGUUGGACCCUUUGCAUAAGGCGAUAGUUGAUUUCUCACUUAGUACGAGAGAUGAGAACGAGUAAGUAUUCAAAUGUUAUCCCAACAAUAUUCAUUUUAUUAUUUACACGUGCGUUUUCAUAAAAGUGUGUUAAAUAC